AUGAAUAGUUCCCUUUUGAAGUCAAUUGAAAAAGGAAAAUCAUUAAAAAAGACAAAAACGAAUGACAGGUCUGCUCCGAUUGUUGAAGGGGCAACAGUAGCCAUUGGAUCCGCAGUUGCCUCCAAUUCCAGCAGCAUAGCUUCUGCUGGAAACAGUAUCAUUGAAGACCACCCACCUGUUUCUCUUGGCGGACUAUUCCAAGGCGGAAUGCCAACCCUUCGUAAAGUCGGGUCUGAAACUUCGAAAGUAUUGCCUAAAAUGGAAAAGAAAAUGCCUUCGCAGCCUCCACCCCCUGCUCCACCCAAGAUGCCAAGCAUGGCCCCCGCUCCACCCAAGAUACCAAGCAUGGCCCCCGCUCCACCCAGAAUGCCAAGCAUGGCCCCCGCUCCACCCAGAAUGCCAAGCAUGGCCCCCGCUCCACCCAGAAUGCCAAGCAUGGCCCCCGCUCCACCCAGAAUGCCAAGCAUGGCCCCCGCUCCACCCAGAAUGCCAAGCACAUCUCCAGUUAAACCUCUUUCUGAUUCAAUACCACAGCCACCUCCCAUGUUGCCCGAAAAGCAUGGCCCUUCAACCUUCAACUCAUCUCAUCUUGGAAGAAGUCAGCCCUUAGCUUCAAUUUCCAACGUCACAACACAGUCAUUACCUCCAUCCAGAUCGGCAGCACAUGCAUUUUCUUCGGAAUAUAAAGAACCGUCAAGAGAUACAUCAGCCACGAUGGAAAGAUUUUCUGCCAUGGAAAUCGGAGGGUCGUCUUUUAAUCUAUCGACCAUAAAUUUGACCUUUCCAAAAGUUCUCCCCAACCCGCGUCAAUUUCCUAAACAGUCUAAAAAGAAGUCCUUUUUGGGAUUUUAG